AUCUGUCAUUGUGGGACGCCUUGCGUUCCGGUCUCAGAAGUGACCAACACAUACGAGGAUCGCGCGAAGUCUUGGUAAUAUGUUGGUCAUCUCCCCUAGCUUUGAACAAACACGAAACUUGUCUUAGGCUUCUGAACUUGAAACCCCUCGCCUGGCCCUGCCUGAUUUGCCUCCACCCACACGCACGUGCCACCAAGAAUCAUUGCUCGAUAAUCAAGGAACUCCAUGACCGGAAUAUGCUCCUCGAUGUUGAUUCCGUUGACGAAGGGCGGAACUACAUACACGUAAAGCGGUGACGUUCAGAUCCGACCAGGCGCGGAUGGUCUCCAUCUGAAUCAUCCACUCUUCUUUGCUUCCUCAAUGACCAACUCCGACGACGUAUAUUUAAGGAGGCUGGAAAUGAAGGAAGUAGUUAUCAUCCGACAUACGCAACCCCAUCUUACAGUAUCAUGAACCCUAUCUCUAUCCAGAAGGCCGACAAGUUUUUCCCCGCCCCUUCUGCAGCGCCAACAAGCCUCUGCGCUCAGCGGCUUCCGGGCCCUAACACAGUGGGGGCUGGCGAGGCGGUCAAGCGCAUCUUGAGGGACAACCAUGUCAAGAACCACAUCUUCUUCAAGUCUAGCGGAAAUCACAACCACAUCUCGCACCACACCCUUGCGGUGUACGGGCUGGGUGCUUCUAGCCCGAUCAUUGAAACAUUGUACGACACGGACUUGAACGUACAGCGCGGUAUGCCCCAAACCGCUGAGAAAAUCACGCUGGACAACUUUGGCAAGCAUCUCUCUGAUGAGAACUACUACCCUCGAUAUGUGGAGUUCUUCGCCGAAGAGAUUGAUAAGCACGGAGUGCCGGCCACUCUCGAGCGUUUUAUGUAUUCCGACGAGUUCAACGUGAACGUCGAUGGCACAGGGCACGCCAUGCUCGCACGCAACUUCAUUCCGGCACUUCACGCCAUGAUUCACUUUGGAUACGCCGUCGAGUUUGGUAUCCAAGGGCUGGUCGCCGAGGGUUUGGCUAUGGCUGCUGUGGACAUUAAUGUCCCUAACACCCAGUUCCUCGCGCCGCUGUGGACUAAGGUCUCUGCCAAAUCCUCGGUGGGGGCAAUCACCGACGAAGUCUCGUCUCUCGGUGUCAGCGGCACUAGCGGCGUCAAUGGCACGCACAAGAGUACCUCCGAAACGACGGUGUUCGACAUCCUCCCUCGCGUUCUCAAAUACGACAAGUUCGCAGCGACGAAUUCCGAGACCCCCCAAAAGGCGAUUAAGGUGGCAUAUGAGAACCACGGUGAUCGUAUGGUCGAGUAUGCUCUCGACUGGAGCAUCGAUCUAUCAAAGCUUGGCGAGCUGGAGCGCAAGAUUGAGGAGUUGCAAUGGUUGAAUGUGACCCUUUACGGCGUUGGCGGAUGGCGCGAGGGUGAAGGCUUGCAGGCUGAUUUCUUCGUUAUGCACCUCGUCACGUCGUCCCUUUUCCUCGGACCAAAUGUUCAUCCCCUGAGCCAGCGCUCGCAGGAAAUCUUCCUCCGCGCAUACUUUGCCAACACACUCGCCCUGUACCACAUGUUUGGCCGCCCACCCCUCCACAUCUCCGCGUUUUGGAAGAACACCACCGCUGCCGAGGCUUUUGUUCCCGGCUCCGACGUGAGUGCCGGAUACACGGCAGCCCAGGUCGACGCAAAGGUCCUCGCAGCGACUAAGGGAAAUCCCAACCCUUGGCUUACGCACGCGCAAAGCGCAAUCGUGGCCAAGGACGAUCACUACGCGAAGAUAAUCCGCGCACUAUUACACCUCGCCACGCAGUUUGGCGACCGUCCGACGGGACACCUGGCGAAGAUCGCGCCGAACUCGGGGCUUGAGGGACUUGAGCAGCUUGACGGCUCGUUCUUCCUCAGGGUGGCAGGUUUGACGGCGGAGGCCGUGUAUGAGACUCAGGCUUGGAGCUUUGGCGGGUUUUACAAGAACGAGCUGUAACCGUACUAAACUAACCUCUAUGUAUCUUGUACGACGUGUACCUAGUAGAUGGUAA